AUGGACCCACCGGCGAACGCGGUGACCCUCGCCCCACCCCAUCCCCUCCAGCGGGCAACUGGGUCGGGUCAGGAGGGGCAAACCCGCUAGGGAGACACUCCAUAUACGGCCCGGCCCGCGUUACCUGGGACCGGGCCAACCCGCUCCUUCUUUGGUCAACGCAGGGGACCCGGGCGGGGGCCCAGGCCGCGAACCGGCCGAGGGAGGGGGCUUUAGUGCCCAACACCCAAAUAUGGCUCGAGAAGGGCAGCGACAUUCCUGCGGGGUGGCGCGGAGGGAAUGCCCGCGGGCUAUAUAAAACCUGAGCAGAGGGACAAGCGGCCACCGCAGCGGACAGCGCCAAGUGAAGCCUCGCUUCCCUCCCGCGGCGACCAGGGCCCGAGCCGAGAGUAGCAGUUGUAGCUACCCGCCCAGAAAUUAGACACAAUGUGCGACGAAGACGAGACCACCGCCCUCGUGUGCGACAAUGGCUCCGGCCUGGUGAAAGCCGGCUUCGCCGGGGAUGACGCCCCUAGGGCCGUGUUCCCGUCCAUCGUGGGCCGCCCCCGACAUCAGGGCGUCAUGGUCGGUAUGGGUCAGAAAGAUUCCUACGUGGGCGACGAGGCUCAGAGCAAGAGAGGUAUCCUGACCCUGAAGUACCCUAUCGAGCACGGCAUCAUCACCAACUGGGAUGACAUGGAGAAGAUCUGGCACCACACCUUCUACAACGAGCUCCGCGUGGCUCCCGAGGAGCACCCCACCCUGCUCACCGAGGCCCCCCUCAAUCCCAAGGCCAACCGCGAGAAGAUGACCCAGAUCAUGUUUGAGACCUUCAACGUGCCCGCCAUGUACGUGGCCAUCCAGGCCGUGCUGUCCCUCUACGCCUCCGGCAGGACCACCGGCAUCGUGCUGGACUCCGGCGACGGCGUCACCCACAACGUGCCCAUCUAUGAGGGCUACGCGCUGCCGCACGCCAUCAUGCGCCUGGACCUGGCGGGCCGCGAUCUCACCGACUACCUGAUGAAGAUCCUCACUGAGCGUGGCUACUCCUUCGUGACCACAGCUGAGCGCGAGAUCGUGCGCGACAUCAAGGAGAAGCUGUGCUACGUGGCCCUGGACUUCGAGAACGAGAUGGCGACGGCCGCCUCUUCCUCCUCCCUGGAAAAGAGCUACGAGCUGCCAGACGGGCAGGUCAUCACCAUCGGCAACGAGCGCUUCCGCUGCCCGGAGACGCUCUUCCAGCCCUCCUUCAUCGGUAUGGAGUCGGCGGGCAUUCACGAGACCACCUACAACAGCAUCAUGAAGUGUGACAUCGACAUCAGGAAGGACCUGUAUGCCAACAACGUCAUGUCGGGGGGCACCACGAUGUACCCUGGGAUCGCUGACCGCAUGCAGAAAGAGAUCACCGCGCUGGCCCCCAGCACCAUGAAGAUCAAGAUCAUCGCCCCGCCGGAGCGCAAAUACUCGGUGUGGAUCGGCGGCUCCAUCCUGGCCUCGCUGUCCACCUUCCAGCAGAUGUGGAUCACCAAGCAGGAGUACGACGAGGCCGGCCCUUCCAUCGUCCACCGCAAAUGCUUCUAGACACACUCCACCUCCAGCGCGCGACUUCUCAGGACGACGAAUCUUCUCAAUGGGGGGGCGGCUGAGAUCCAGCCACCCCGCAGUCACUUUCUUUGUAACAACUUCCGUUGCUGCCAUCGUAAACUGACACAGUGUUUAUAACGUGUACAUACAUUAACUUAUUACCUCAUUUUGCUAUUUUUCGAAACAAAGCCCUGUGGAAGAAAAUGGAAAACUUGAAGAAGCAUUAAAGUCAUUCUGUUAAGCUGCGUAAA